AUAAUGUGAGGAUAGAGGAUUCUCAAAUUAACAUACUCUCCGUUGAGGUUUGGGGUGCUUUACACGCCCUUGAGACCAUACUUCAAUUGGUGUACCAGGAUAAAGAUGGAGCGAAUGUUAUAUUUCAAGGAUCUUUGAUGGACGAACCAGAAUUCGUACACCGUGGAAUGCUGGUAGAUACUGCGAGACACUUCUUGCCAUUUGAUAUCCUGAAGAACCUGAUAGAUAGCAUGGCCAUGGUCAAGAUGAAUGUGUUUCAUUGGCAUAUUACGGAUGAUCAAUCAUUUCCCUUUGUCUCGACUACUUGUCCGGAACUGUCACAGCAG